GACAUUGUCAAAAGCACCUUAUAUAUAUUUUUCCAAAUUCCCACGUACUAUUAACCAAAGUUAUUAUAGUAAGGGGACAACAAUAUUAAUUGGUCGUGUAAUAAUUGUGCACAAUGGGAAGGAUUGAACUAGUGGAGAAAGUUGUAGUUUCUCCUGAGCAACCUACACCACGAAAGCGAAUGUUCUUGUCCAAUAUUGACUUGUCCCUUGUAGUUUACCAAGACUCUGCCUCAUUUUUUGACCCUCCAAACACCCAAAUGAGUUUUGAUGAGAUUUGUGGGAAAUUGUACAGUGCACUUAGUAAAAUGCUUGUGCAGUAUGACUUUAUGGCUGGCAGGCUAGUGCCGUGUUUGGAGGACGCUCAUCGGUUCGAAAUAGACUGCAAUGGUGCUGGUGUUGUGGUUGCAGCUGCAAGAACUGACACAAAAUUGAGUGAGUUUGGUGUGAUUUCUGCACCUAAUAAGGAGUUGAGGGAAUUGGUUGUUUUCUUGCAUGAAGGGGGUGAUCAAGAAACUGACCUGAGUCAAAAGCCCCUUGCAUCCUUACAGCUAACUCAAUUUGGUUGCGGAAGUUUGGCACUUGCUUCUCACUACAAUCACUGUACACUGGACGGUAUAGCAAUAAAAGAUUUCGAGGUAAAUUUAGCUGCACUAACACGUGGUGAUAGCCUCAUCAUAGUGCCUAAUGCAGAUAGGGCACUUCUGAGAGCUCGAAACCCUCCAAAGAUAUCACAUCCACAUUUUGAGUAUUCAAAAUUCCCUCACACACACAACUUGUUCACCCUCCGAGGCAAAAGUGGCACCAAUAAUGUUACCGUGCCAGAAAAUCAGAUUCAAGUGCUUUAUUUGUCGCCACAAAACAUUGCUAGCUUAAAAACCAAGGCUCUGAUGAAGGACAACACUUUGAGGGGCACCACAACUUUUCAGGUAGUGGCUGCAAAGAUAUGGAAGGCAAGAAGCAUUGCAACAUGUAUGGAAGAUGAUAGAGUUUCCACAAUGCUGUUUCCUGUGGAUGUUAGGAAAAGGGUUGUUCCUCAACUCCCAGAUGGCUUUGCAGGCAAUGCAUUGGUGCCUGGUUUUGCAAGAGCAACAGUGAGGGAGCUAAAGGAGCUAGAAGAUGGUUGUCACAUAAGGAAAGUGAAAGAAGGGAUUGAAAGGUUGGAUGAUGAGUACAUUAAGUCAGGUUUGGACUGGUUAGAGGAGAACAAAGGGGCACCAUGCAUGGAAGAUAGUUUCUCCUUGGUGGCAUGGUGGAGAUUAGGGUUAGAGGAGCAACUUUUUGCAUGGGGUAGACUAAAGUGUGCCACCCCACUUGCAGUUAAGCCUGGUUUGGUCAUGAUGUUGCCAGGGCCACAAGACCAAGGGGGUCUUAACAUAUGCUUGGAUUUGCCUCCGGAUCAAAUGCAAGAGUUUUGUAGGAUAAUGCUAGAAAUUUGA